UAGAUGUGUUGGAGUAGGCAGGGGAGAAAGAUAGAGGGAGGCAAGAGGUGGAUGAACGGGUUGUUAAGACAUAAAGGUGUAGCCUAAUCUAAAGAGACAGCCAAACGACGGGGUUAUUUCCAUAAAUGUUUUUCACAGGGCUUUGCUGUUUAUUCUUAGCAGAGCAAGCCGGUAGUCAUUCACUGUCUCUGACGCGUAAGGCUGCCGUUGGGCACCAGCACCGAUAAAGGAUGAUAUGUUUGAUUGAAUAGCGUAAAUAUUAACAAAGUAUACCUUACAUCUAGAAGAAACAGGAGGAGGCAAACUAUGAUCCGAAGAUGAUUUCUUCAAAGAAAACUCCGGAGAAGAGUCGUUUUCCUAUCCACUAUUUGGUGUGGCACAACAAACAGCGACAGCUGGAGAAAGAGCUGGCAGCGAAAGAGCAGACGGAUUUAGAGUCUCUGGACCCUCGGGGCCGGACUGCGCUCCACCUUGCUGUCACACUCGGCCACCUGGACUGUGCCAGGAUCCUGCUGCAGCACGGCGCUGACGUUAGCAAAGAGAACCGCAACGGAUGGACCGUUCUCCAGGAGGCGGUGAGCACAAGAGAUCCGGAGUUGGUGCGUCUCGUGCUUCGUUACCGUGACUACCAGAGGACUGCCAAGAGACUGGCGGGCAUCCCCGUCCUGCUGGAGCGUCUGCGCCAAGCCCAGGAUUUCUACGUGGAGAUGAAAUGGGAGUUUACCAGCUGGGUGCCCCUGGUGUCUCGUAUCUGCCCCAGCGACACCUACAGAGUUUGGAAGAGCGGUCAGUGUCUCCGUGUUGACACCACGCUGAUGGGCUUUGAACAGAUGACCUGGCAGAGAGGAAACCGGAGCUUCAUCUUCAAGGGACAAGACUCCAGCGCAGAGGUGAUGGAGGUCGACCAUGACAGGCAGGUUGUGUACUGCGAGACCUUGUGCGUCUCAUCUCUCGCGGCGCUCUCACCCGGCCGGGGGAACGGUGGCGCCUGCAGUAGCAACGCCGCAGGUUUGGGCCUUCUGGGGGCGAUGCAGCCCAGCGAUGAGCAGGUAGCAGCCAGGCUGUCUGCCCCCGUGGUCACCACCCAGCUGGACACCCGCAACAUCGCCUUCGAGAGGAACAAGACGGGAAUAUUAGGCUGGAGGAGCGAGAAGACCGAGACGGUGAAUGGAUAUGAAGCCAAGGUGUACGCAGCAUCCAAUGUGGAGCUUAUCACCAGGACCAGAACUGACCAUCUGUCAGACCAGAACAAGAACAAGACAAAAGGUGGGAAGACUCCUCUGCAGAACUUCCUGGGGAUAGCUGAGCAACACAUGGGGCCCAACAACGGGGCUCUGGUGACGCAGAUGUCGAGUCCCGCAAAGACCAACCCCGAAGCGCUGACGGCCGAGGAGUACUUCAACCCUAACUCGUCUCUGACUCAGAGGGACAUCGGCCACCAGUGCCAGCUCACCACAAAGACCCAAAGGUUUAAAGCCAAGUUGUGGCUGUGUGAGUCCCAUCCUCUGUCCCUGGCGGAACAAGUGGUGCCUAUCAUCGAUCUCAUGGCCAUCUCCAACGCACUGUUUGCUAAGCUGCGUGACUUUAUCACUCUGCGUUUGCCGCCUGGCUUCCCCGUCAAGAUCGAAAUCCCUCUCUACCACAUCCUGAACGCCAGGAUCACCUUCAGUAACCUGAACGGCUGCGAGGAGGGGACGGGCGUUCGCACGGACAACGAAGUGGGGGUGGAGAGCGACGGACAGAGGGACCCCACGAGGACAGACACCCCGUCUCCAGGCAGCGACUCCUCCAGCGUCUCCAGUUCCAGCUCCACCAUGUCGUGUCGAGCCGGAGAGAUCCCCCCGUGUGUGUUCGAGCCCCCGCCUGGAUACUCCAUGCUAGGGGGCAAACAGAGAGACAGCAUGAGGGAUGAGGAGGAGGACCUGCUGCAGUUCGCCAUACAGCAGAGUCUGCUGGAGGCCGGCUCUGAAUUCGAUCAGGUGACCAUCUGGGAGGCGCUGACCAAUAGCAAGCCAGGAACACACACGCUGUCCUGCGACCCGAGUCGUCUGGAGAGGACCCCCCAGCACAAGCCCCGCCCGCCCUCCAACCUCUGCUCCACCCCCUCCAAGAAGCAGCCGUCCACCUGCAGCUAUGACGAGCAGCUGCGCAUCGCCAUGGAGAUCUCAGCUCGGGAGCAGGAAGAGGCGGAGAACCGGCGGCGGCAGGAAGAGGCGGAGCUUCAGCACAUCAUCGAGCUGUCACUCAUGGAGAAAUGAGAGCUGAGAGGGCCCCAGCAGGGGUCUGAGUGGAAGGGGUCUGGACCAAGGACUCAUGGGAGAGAAGGGCAGUGCAGGCUACUUUAAAAGGAAAAUAAUCCACCUUUUAUGGCGAUUGAAGCAAUAAAUUCCUCAGUGUAUGCCAUAUUGACAGAGAAAGUUGACUUCUGCAUGUGGAGCCGUGCUGGCAGUCCCUAAAUGUACCAGGAUGCAUUGCUCCUGAUUGUGCAGGGUCAUUGCCAACCAUAUUUUCUUGCACUGCUCAUGCAGCCUCUCAGUUGUUCUCAGUCGUUUAUUCUGGCUCAAAUAGCGACGGCUGAACAUCCAAAUCAAUACUGUAAAUGUAUCUUCAUCCAUUUGAUCAUUUUGGGAUGCCAUGUUUGCUGUCAGUAACGUAACUUGUUUGCAAUUCUGGCAAAGACAACAAGAUGUUUUAUUUUCGAUUGGCAUUUAAAACCACCCCAUGUCUACCCAGAGAACUACAAGCUGAAAUAGCCUUCCUGUAUUUCUUCCUUGAAUUUAACUACUCCACUCCCACUUCAAAUUAUGCCAGUGGAUGUAGAACAAAUACAGAUUUAUCAGCCGUAAACUCCGAUUUCUCUCUCAAUAUAGCACGCACUAACUGCUUCAAUUGCCCACAUUUACCAUCAACACUGGUUUGGACGUUCCCAUAAAUGUGGCAAAUGUAACGGGACGUAAACACCCAAAUCUUCUCUGUGGUUUUUAGAUCAUGAAAGAGCCUCCUUUUUUUUAUUCUCCCAUUGCCUUAGACCAGACCUUUCCCAUGAUGCCUCGCGGUGAGGCAGCUGUCGGGCCUCAGACAGCCAGAGAGGGACUUCAGUUUCCUCUUUCUGGUGCCACACGGUACUUUUUUGUGACCAGUGCCAGUUUACAAACCAACAACGCAUCCAAUACAACAAGUGCAGUGGAAUGCCUUCUUGGAUACCUGUGUGUGUGUGUGUGUGUGUGUGUGUGUGUGUGUGUGUGUGUGUGUGUGUGUGUGUGUGUGUGUGUGUGUGUGUGUGUGUGUGUGUGUGUGUGUGUGUGUGUGUGUGUGUGUGUGUGUGUGUGUGUGUGUGUGUGUGUGUGUGUGUGUUUCCAAACCAGCUCUCCGCACAGGGGUCAACAGAUCACCUUCAAUACUGAAAAUGUAAAGCCGGCUCUCUGCUCCGGCACUAACACGCACUAUAGUGUGGGAGCACUAAGACCUUAUUGGUCGGGUUGAGUGUUGACAAACCAUUUGACUUCCUUAAAAAAUGGACUGGUACGUUUCCUUUUAUUAUUUUUUUCACAAAAUCCAGAUGUACUGUAUUUAGCUUGUUGGCGGAUCACAUAUACGACUGUUACUGGAUGUAGAUGAAGAGUUUGAGCACAAGCUAUAACUCUAGUUUUAGCCUGACGUUAGACAGCAGGAGCACAGAUGUGAGAACACUUUGUGUACUAACUAUGAUGUAUGUGACUGUGAACGAGUUGUGGCCGGCCUGUGUGUGUAACGCAAACAAUAAAGGGACCUGAUAGCGGUUUUCAAUCGAUCGGUGGAAUAGUUACAGAAAGCGUUUUUUUUCUGUAUCUUGCAUCCCCUCACCUUACAUGAGCGGAUCUUUUCUGUAUUUCUGUGUAGUCACGGUCGAUGUUUGUACAAUAUUCCAGCAUGGUCUAUACCUAUGUGAGGUUCAUUUUGUCUAGCCUGGAGACCUGCAAUCAAGCUUUAGGAGGGGGAAUGUGCCCAAAAAUAAUCAAGUUUUAAUCAAGUCUUUUCGCAGCAAUUUUAGGUUUUAUCGCCCCCGAAUAGAAAUGUAGUUCCAUAAACACAACCUGCUUAAGCCAAAAAAACAAAUGUCAAAUAGCACCACGAGCAAACGUGAACCUUUCCGUUCCUGGAUUUGGAAAGAUUGUUCCACAUUGCUCUCAUAAUUGUAAGUAACUUCAUGUUGCAGGGUUCAAGGCUAGCCCAACACUGAUGAACGUGUUUUGUUGCAAGGGACGAGGACGGACAGGGACGGCUUGUUUAUUCCUUUUCCUUUUGGAUCAUCUUUUGAAAGAAAUGUAACACUCCAAUAUCAGCACAAACUGAGGACAACCACCUCUGCAUCCUCUCAACAAUUCCCAUUCAGCUUGCCUGGUUGAUAAAACAAAACAAAAAAUGUUAAUUUUUUUACUUUUUAAAAAAUGUUGCAGAAAAAAAAAAGAUGCAGAAAUGUUUUCAUGGUGUGUUCUGGGAAGUGAGUUCAGAUACUGAUUCAAAUAAAGAAACAUCUUUUGGAA